GCAUAGUUCCUCUAUAUAUAUUGUAAUGGAUGUACCCGACAAUAUGGGGGCAGCUCUUUCUCUCUAAAACCAGCUUUCCAAAUUAAAAACCCAAUAAUAAAUCAUCAACUCAAUCUUAACAAGAAAAUAAAAAAUGUCAAGAUUUAGUUCGUCAUUGGCUUGUAUAAUUUGCUUCCUCUUUCUUGGUUUCAUUGGUGAGCUUGCAGGAGUUGAGGCAUGGAGUAAGGAGGGGCAUAUGAUGACAUGUCGCCUUGCACAGGGUCUUCUGAAUAAUGAGGCAGCUCAUACAGUGAGGAUGUUAUUGCCGGAAUACGUUGACGGCGACUUGUCGGAGCUGUGUGUAUGGCCGGACCAAGUGAGGCACUGGUACAAAUACCGGUGGACUAGCCCACUUCAUUUCAUCGAUACUCCCGAUCAAGCUUGCAACUUUAAUUAUCAAAGAGACUGCCAUGACCAACAUGGAAUGAUGGAUAUGUGUGUUGCCGGGGCAAUCCAAAACUUCACAAAUCAGCUUUCUCACUACAGAGAAGGAACAUCCGAUCGUCGAUAUAAUAUGACGGAGGCUUUGCUAUUUUUGGCACACUUUAUGGGAGAUAUCCAUCAGCCGCUACAUGUUGGGUUUACAACAGAUGAAGGAGGAAACACAAUAGAUUUGCGUUGGUUUAGGCAUAAAUCAAACUUGCACCACGUGUGGGACAGAGAAAUUAUACUCACCGCAGCAAAGGACUAUUACAACAAUGAUGUAAACCUUUUCCGAGAAGAUAUAGAAAAAAACUUCACCCACGGCAUAUGGACGGAUGAGAUUGAGUCGUGGAAGGAAUGCGAUGAUCAGGUCUCUUGCGUGAAUAAGUAUGCUGCAGAAAGUAUAAACAUGGCUUGCAAAUGGGGUUAUAAAAACGUUGAGGCUGGUGAAACUUUGUCGGAUGAUUACUUCAACUCAAGGCUUCCAAUCGUGACCAGACGUAUAGCUCAGGGCGCAGUCCGAUUGGCUGCUACUCUGAACCGGAUUUUUGGAGACUCUAACUAAUUAAUGAAUAAUAAUAAUAAUAAUACGAUAAUAAUAUAAUGUUGUUAAUAAGAUCUAUUCUUAAAUUAUAUACUCCCUCCGUCUCAAAAAGAAGACCGAAUUUGACUUUUCUUAAUCAAUGAUAUCAAAGUUUAGACAAUGAUUUUAAGUACUCCGUAUUAUAUUUCUGUGUAAAUUAUAAAUUUUUACACUUUUAUGAAAGUUUUUUAAUAAAAAAUAUGCUCAUAUAAUUUUUCAUAUUUUAAAUAAUUUUUUGUUAAAAAAUAUCAAUGGUCAAAUUUGACCUCCAUUGAUCAAGAAAAAUCAAUGUGGCCAAUCUCUCUGGGACGAGUAUAUAAUUAGUAGAUAGGUCGUCAUAGCUUCUUGCUUGUACGUAUGCUCCAUCGCAGCUCCUUGUAGUAUUAUUUAGUUAAUUAUCUAAACUUUCCAUUUUAAUUAGGGUUUCAUGUAACUUCACGUUCUCUCACUUCUCUGCAUGUUGAAUUUGAAAACAUCAUUUUUUCAGCUUAUCAAGCUUAUCA